UCUCUGCAUUCUCCUCUCUCUCUCUCUCUCUCUCUCUCUAUAUAUCCCCCCCUCUCUCUCUCUCUAUCUCUUUCUCUGUCUAUCAUUCCAAAUCUCUAGUCUUGUUAGUCCUAUCUGACUCUUGUAAAUCACAAUUAACAGUUCAGAGAGAAACUGAGGGGAAAUCAGAAAACAACCUGUGUGAGAUUAUUUAAACAAAUUUCUUAGACACACAAUAUUUAAUCAAUAACACUCACAUCUUAUAUUUUACUGUAGUGGAGAGAUGUAUUUGGCCUAAACCUACACAUAAAGCCUACAUCUCUAAACAUGUUAUAUACAUUUUUACAUUUGAUAUACACAGGUAGCUACCAAAAUAAUGGAAACACUUAAGUAAAUGAGGAGUACAAAGUAUAUUGAAAGCAGGUGCUUCCACACAGGUGUGGUUCCUGAGUUUAUCAAGCAAUUAACAUCCCAUCAUGCUCAGGGCCAUGUAUAAAAAUGCUAGGCAGGCCAUUAUUUUGGCUACCAUAGCUAUGCCCCCAUAGGAUGACAAUGCCCCUCUCCACAGGGCACGAGUGGUCACUAAAUGGUUUGAUGAGUAUGAAAACGAUGUGCACCAAUUGCCAUGGCCGUCUCAGUCACCAGAUCUCAACCCAAUUGAACACUUAUGGGAGCUUCUGGAGCUGCUCCUGAGACAGCGUUUUCCAACACCAUCAACAAAGCACCAAAUUAUGUAAUUUCUCAUGGAAGAAUGGUGUUGCAUCCUUCCAAUAGAGUUCCAGGCAAUUGUAGAAUCUAUGCCAAAAUGCUUUGAAGCUGUUCUGCCUCGUGAUUUAUUUAUUUGGGGUUCAUGCUCUCACAGGUUUUUCUCUUGAUUUCCCUCAUUAGAGGUGGUAGUGUUUCUCUCAUUUCCCUCAUUAGAGGUGGUGGUGUUUGUCUGAUUUCCCUCAUUCGAGGUGGUGGUGUUUGUCUGAUUUCCCUCAUUAGAGAUGGUGGUGUUUGUCUGAUUUCCCUCAUUAGAGGUGGUGGUGUUUGUCUGAUUUCCCUCAUUAGAGAUGGUGGUGUUUCUCUGAUUUCCCUCAUUAGAGGUGGUGGUGUUUGUCUGAUUUCCCUCAUUAGAGGUGGUGGUGUUUCUCUGAUUUCCCUCAUUAGAGGUGGUAGUGUUUCUCUCAUUUCCCUCAUUAGAGGUGGUGGUAUUUGUCUGAUUUCCCUCAUUAGAGGUGGUGGUGUUUGUCUGAUUUCCCUCAUUAGAGGUGGUGGUGUUUGUCUGAUUUCCCUCAUUAGAGGUGGUGGUGUUUGUCUGAUUUCCCUCAUUAGAGGUGGUGGUGUUUCUCUGAUUUCCCUCAUUAGAGGUGGUGGUGUUUCUCUCAUUUCCCUCAUUAGAGGUGGUGGUGUUUGUCUGAUUUCCCUCAUUGGAGGUGGUGGUGUUUCUCUCAUUUCCCUCAUUAGAGGUGGUGGUGUUUCUCUCAUUUCCCUCAUUAGAGGUGGUGGUGUUUCUCUCAUUUCCCUCAUUAGAGGUGGUGGUGUUUGUCUGAUUUCCCUCAUUCGAGGUGGUGGUGUUUCUCUCAUUUCCCUCAUUAGAGGUGGUGGUGUUUCUCUCAUUUCCCUCAUUAGAGGUGGUGGUGUUUGUCUGAUUUCCCUCAUUAGAGGUGGUAGUGUUUGUCUGAUUUCCCUCAUUAGAGGUGGUGGUGUUUCUCUCAUUUCCCUCAUUGGAGGUGGUAGUGUUUCUCUCAUUUCCCUCAUUAGAGGUGGUGGUGUUUCUCUCAUUUCCCUCAUUAGAGGUGGUAGUGUUUCUCUCAUUUCCCUCAUUGGAGGUGGUGGUGUUUCUCUCAUUUCCCUCAUUGGAGGUGGUGGUGUUUCUCUCAUUUCCCUCAUUGGAGGUGGUGGUGUUUCUCUCAUUUCCCUCAUUGGAGGUGGUGGUGUUUCUCUCAUUUCCCUCAUUGGAGGUGGUAGUGUUUUGCAUUGGAGAAAAAGGUUGCUGAGUCAGUGUAUUCAACAUGUGAUGUUGUCACAUUCCUCCCUGGAAUUUGUCAGACACAUCGUUCCAUGAGUGAAACAACAGGAUAUCUACCAUGUCACUUGAAUGCUACCAGUCAGAUUGAAGUCAAAGAUGCACCCCUUUAUAUUACAGCACGGUAGUCUGCACCUGCUGCUAGUACCCGUAUGUGUUCCCUAUGUAGUGCACUGCUUUUGGCCAGGGAAUAGGGUAGGGUGUGAUUUAGGGCAUGACCUAACCAUGUUGACCUAUGA